CAAAAUGGAUUCCUUGAGAGAAGUGCGACGUGAGAAAAUAAAUGAAAACAUCUGAGAUUUUCUUUAUCAGCACAGUGUUCUGUGGUGAUAUGGAAGGGGAAUAGAACAGCACAGGAGUUGAGGUAGCCUGUGUGAUUGUAAAAGCAUCAUGGGCAAUUCUAAAUCAACAAAAUGCGAGGAGCCACAAAUGGGUAUGACGCAGCUGGAGCGAGAACUGCACCUGGCUGUAAUGGCUAAUGACCGUGAAAGUGUUCGCAAACUCUUGGCCCAAGGUGCUGAUAUUAAUUAUCCAUGGAACAACCCGACAGUUCCCAGCGUAAAGGACAGUACAACCCCACUUCUUGCUGCGGUGUCACUGAACCAUGUGGAAAUCAGUGUGAUAUUGUUAAAAGCUGGUGCCAGUAUUGAUCUUACUGAUCGCCGCAAUUGUACACCUCUAUACAAAGCAGCCUAUCAUGGCAGGCCUAUUCUUGUUGACAUUCUAGUUCAAUCAGGUGCUGAUAUUAACAAGCCAGACCAGGAAAAUCAGACUCCCCUCUAUAUUUGUGUACAGAACGCCAUUGUUCAUUCUAGUUAUGCCACUGUUGAAAGGCUGCUGGCAGCUGGUUCAUCCGUGCAUAUGUGUGACAAAGAUGGGAUGGCUCCUAUCCAUGUUGCUGCACACUGGAAACUGAAGGACAUAAUUCGCAUGCUUCUGAAGGCGAAGAGCGACGUGAAUGCGACUGACCACCGCGGUCGAACUCCACUGUACGUGUGUGUCAGCUCCCUGAGCACGGGACUGUACAAGGACGACCUGCGCUACCAGGUCCCCUGCAUGAAAAUUGUGUAUGCUGCUGGGUGCGAUAUGCUGAACCUGGUCGACUGGCUGAGGUGGAAAGGUCCGGGCAUUCCCGAGGAGAUGCUGGCAGACGACGAGGCAUUCUCGCGUUGGUACAAGACGAACAUGGCGUCCCCCCACUCUCUGAUGAAUCUCUGCCGCAAGGUCAUCCAGCAGCAGCUCGACUUUGAGCGCGGCAGCUUCCGCCUCCUCAUCCCCAAACUGCCUGUCCCUUCGAAACUGCAAGAUUAUCUGUCCCGCAAGCUGUUCCACCUCCCCACUCCAUAGCACACGGGAUACACGCAGGUUACUGUUGUAGCUGUAGAGGAAACUAGUGCGAACACUUAGUGUUCGACAGUUGGAUUGUCGAGGACAAGUAGAUUACAUUAGUGGGUUAAGUCGGAUGUAAAAUAGACCAUGCUGGAGAUAAAAGGCAUGGUGACAUAAUUUAUGCUUAAGAUGUGCAGAGACAUGUUUUGUGAAAAUACCAAUUAGAGAUAACGAACAUGGUGCAUAUCUAUUUAUGUGCAUUCAUUGUCUGUCGGUGAUGACAAAAGUUUAAAUUUAACAGCUAAAAAAGAAGGUUUAUUAUUUCACCAACAUGAACAAAAUGGUAAACUAUCAUUGUAUGCAGAUGAAAACGUACUAAAUUAUAUUAAUGAUUAAAAAUAAGAAAGUAUACUAUAUUACGUUAAAAAAAAAAAAAAAAUACUAUGAAUUAUUAAUAAUUGAGAAUAUUAUAAAAUGACCAUGAAAAUAAUAUAGCUGAUUUGAAUUUUUACCUGCUGUUUGAUAUAAUUUUAAUUCAGUUGAUCCAUGGGGAAUGUUUUACAAGGGUUUGUAUUUAGGUCACCUCAUUGCCAUUAUUCUUUUACUUUUUAUGUGAACUGUUUUUAUUGUUUCUAAAGCCCUGUUCAUUCUGUUGAUCAGAUGGACUAACUCAAACACUGUAAUGUGUCGGGGUCCGUGAUAAGAGGUAUAAUGAUCUGUGGGUCGUGAUAUGAUGCAUAUCCCGAUAUGUGGGUCAUAAUAUAUGUAUCCCGAUAUGUGGGUCGCAAUAAGAUUAUGUAUUGCAAAACUUAAUGGCACUGAACAGUAUAAAAUAUUAUCGGUAAUUACAGCUUUUUACUUAACUGUCUUGCCUGAGUUAUCAAGUUCAGCAUAUUCAAUGUGUUUCUGGUUAUCCUAAUGUUUGUAGUAGCUCAAAAUUGAUUUUAUGCAAACCAGAGAAGGUACGUACCUUGGUAACUAGUGCUGGUGACUUGAUCACACACACACGCAUAUAUAUAUAUAUAAUGGGUGUAUCACGACUUGUUCACACACACAUAUAUAUAUAUAUAUUGUGUGUUUCAUGACUUGAUCACACACGUAAUUAUAUUGUGUGUAUAAUGUAUUACGACUUGAUCACACACA